AUGUGCCGCAAGACGUUUGCUUCCUGGAAGGGACUGGAGUCACCCUUGUUGACACAUGGGGGCUGCAGUGCCUCUGUCACUGCGUUGCCCCCCACCACUCCCACCCCCCAGAAUGACAGGCUCUGCCCAAGGCAGCAAAACCCCAAACCCACGGGGGACCCUGACGGCGAGGGGGUGCCCGGAGGGGAGGCUGCGGGGUGGAAAUGGAGAGGGAGGAUUGAAGAGGGGCUGCCUGGGGGGGCUGUACCCCUCAGCAGGGUCCUGGAGGCACAGAGGGGCUGCCUGGGGGGGCUGUACCCCUCAGCAGGGUCCUGGAGGCACAGAGGGGCUGCCUGGGGGGGCUGUACCCCUCAGCAGGGUCCUGGAGGCACAGAGGGGCUGCCUGGGGGGGCUGUACCCCUCAGCAGGGUCCUGGAGGCACAGAGGGGCUGCCUGGGGGGGCUGUACCCCUCAGCAGGGUCCUGGAGGCACAGAGGGGCUGCCUGGGGGGGCUGUACCCCUCAGCAGGGUCCUGGAGGCACAGAGGGGCUGCCUGGGGGGGCUGUACCCCUCAGCAGGGUCCUGGAGGCACAGAGGGGCUGCCUGGGGGGGCUGUACCCCUCAGCAGGGUCCUGGAGGCACAGAGGGGCUGCCUGGGGGGGCUGUACCCCUCAGCAGGGUCCUGGAGGCACAGAGGGGCUGCCUGGGGGGGCUGUACCCCUCAGCAGGGUCCUGGAGGCACAGAGGGGCUGCCUGGGGGGGCUGUACCCCUCAGCAGGGUCCUGGAGGCACAGAGGGGCUGCCUGGGGGGGCUGUACCCCUCAGCAGGGUCCUGGAGGCACAGAGGGGCUGCCUGGGGGGGCUGUACCCCUCAGCAGGGUCCUGGAGGCACAGAGGGGCUGCCUGGGGGGGCUGUACCCCUCAGCAGGGUCCUGGAGGCACAGAGGGGCUGCCUGGGGGGGCUGUACCCCUCAGCAGGGUCCUGGAGGCACAGAGGGGCUGCCUGGGGGGGCUGUACCCCUCAGCAGGGUCCUGGAGGCACAGAGGGGCUGCCUGGGGGGGCUGUACCCCUCAGCAGGGUCCUGGAGGCACAGAGGGGCUGCCUGGGGGGGCUGUACCCCUCAGCAGGGUCCUGGAGGCACAGAGGGGCUGCCUGGGGGGGCUGUACCCCUCAGCAGGGUCCUGGAGGCACAGAGGGGCUGCCUGGGGGGGCUGUACCCCUCAGCAGGGUCCUGGAGGCACAGAGGGGCUGCCUGGGGGGGCUGUACCCCUCAGCAGGGUCCUGGAGGCACAGAGGGGCUGCCUGGGGGGGCUGUACCCCUCAGCAGGGUCCUGGAGCCCAGCCCCACACAAAGCCCUGUCCCCACCGCCGCACACACGGGCGCCCGUGGCUCCAACACACAACCUAGGUAGGGUUUUAUUGUGCAGACAGAGGAACACUCCUGGAUGAUAAGGUUGUUUUUUUUUGUUGUUGUUGUUGCUUUUCAUAGGGUUCUUUUUUUUUUUUCUUUUUUUUUU